AUGCUGCCGCUCAGCAAAGAGCAGUUGCAGCAGGUGCGGGACACGGGGUGGCUGCGCGAGGUCGUCUUCAAGACGGAGCCGCGCGUGAACAAGAUGGAGAUAGCGGCGCUGCUGCGGAGUAUGUACAACAUAGAAGCGGACAGCAUCAACACCAUCAAUUACGAGGGCAAGAAGAAGCGGAUUUUUGACCCCAAGGGCCGCCCCAAGUGGUACCGACAGACCGACUGGAAAAAGGUCUACGUGACGGUCAAACCGCCAAAGCAGGCCGCCAAAGCGGCGGACGCGGCGCAGCGCAACGCGGUUGCAGCUUUCGAGCGGGAGCGCUUGAAAAGCGUUGAGUCUGGCGUGGGGCGCCAGCGCUACGAGCUGCUCCCGCUGGCGGUGCGGCACGCGCUCAUGGAGCGGCGGGACGCGGCGCGGGGCGAGCAGGGGGCGGCGCGGGGAGAGCAGGGGACGGCAGCCGCGGCGGGAAGGGGGGAACGCGGGCGAGGGGAGCGGGGGGCCGCCGCCGCGCGCGGCGGGCCAGCGGGCAAGCGGCAGAGGGGCCGGCGGCUUGGGUUUGUGCAGCGGCAAGAUGGCCAGGGGGUGCCGGAGACGCGGGACACGUGA